AUGCGCAAGGCCAAGUCAGCGGCUGUCCUUGACGUGGAGGCAGCAGAGCUGGCCCCAGCACGCGGGGUGAGGGGGGCCCCCUGCCAAAAUCCCCCUCCAAGGCCAGUUAGCUGUGGCCAACGCAGGUGGGAUCUAGCACAUGGGGAGCUAAUGGGCAUCCGUCUCAACAGAUGGGCGGUGCUGGACCUAGCAGCAGUCGGCAAGCGGCUGGGGGCAGGGCCGAGGAGUAUGCGGCGUCUUAGCCUUGCCUUGUACAACUAUCCCCCGACGGCCCCGAGGGGGGACAACAUGGAAGCGAUGCCCAUUACGGGCGGCUCAUCAGCGCUGCCCAGAUACCAAAGCACCAGCCAGGAGCUCAUAAUGGGUGCGAUUUUCAAGUACCUGAUUUGGGUCGUGGCCAUAGGGCCCUGGAAGUGCAUCAAGGUUCUAUCCUGGUUGCUCAACAAGUGGCAGCGCUUCGUGUUCCCGCUGUCUUAUGCGCUUUUCUACGGGAGCGACGCGAUGGACAAGACCAUGCCCACCGUGCGCGCGAUCAUAGUGUGGGCUUGGAACACCUCUUCGCUGGCCCUUCACUUCGUGGACGUGAUCCUCAUCUUUGUAGUCAUUAAGAUUGUAUCACAGAACGGCAACGGUUGGGUGUCUGUGACCAUGGGCCUGCUUUAUUUCCUGUCGCACUACCUGAUGGCAGUCAUCAUGUACAUGGAGAAUGACAGGCCGAUUGACUGUCCCGUGUACACCGGAGUGGACGUCCUAAACUUCGCCAGGCGGCAGGUGGACGUCCUGUUCUUCGACAUCCAGCUGCUGUCCUCGGUGGUGCACAGCAACAUUAUGAUUGAGGGAAUGACCCAGAUGAUGCUGCAGGGCUACGAGGAAGCGCGCGUGUGCCUGCAUAUGAUCAUGAACUCGCUGCCCGCUUGUAUCAUCCUGGGUGUGCUGUACGACGCGAUCUUUGCGCUCAAGGACCAGUUCGAGAACAUUCUGGAGCACAAGUCGGCGCUGAAUGCCAUCUACGCCGCUUUCCUGCUCGCGGUCUGGAACGUGGUAGACAAGUUCAUCCGCCUAUCACUGGCCGACCCUUGGCUGCACCCCCUCAAUGAGGACGGCUACCCGCUGCUGUACAUGCGCUCCAACGCGGCGCGCCUGCCACGAGCGCUGGUGCUGGAUUUCGUAUUCAGGUGCAACGUGCAGCUCCGGGAGAACAACGACCGGCUCACGCUGCGGCCCUUGUACGACAAGUACGUCAUGAACUGCAGGGGCGAGGCGAAACACCUGGCGGAUGGCCACAAGAUGUACAUGCUGCGCAAGGCGCUGCGUACCUUCAACAAGGGCGCCGUGCGCUUCAACGCGGCGGAGGAGCUGGCACGCAAAGUGGACCGACACAUCACACGCGACCAGGCGCUCUCAGACACGCGGACGGUCCGCGAGGUUGAUGCCUCCAACAUUCGACCAGGGCCGCACAUGGCCAAGAUGUUCGAGGAGGUGCUUGCAGAGACGACCGGCUUCGACGUGUUGCUUCUGGCAGACAACCGCUUUAGUGACGAGUCGGUGGUGCACAUAGUCGAGGGCCUACGGCACAACCUGUACGGCCUAAAGAUCAGGGAGCUGGACCUGAGCAACAACGAGAUGGGCGAUCAGAGCGCAGAGGCAGUGGCCACCUACAUCAUGCAGUACAAGUGCGUUGCUAAUUUGAACCUCAGUAACAACGUUCGCCUGGGCCCUGUGGGCGUCAAGGGCAUUGCAUCGGUGCUGAGUGAAGACUCCGUUCUGGAACGAUUGGAUCUCUCCAAUUGUGACGUGGGGGUUGACGGCGCGGCGGCGCUUGGCGCCAUGCUCAAGGGUAACCGCGGGCUCAAGUGCCUGAUCCUAGCGAACACACGGCUGGGCACCCAAGGCAUCGAUUCGAUCUGCAAGGGCAUCGCGAAGAACACGACGCUCAAGGAGUUGGACAUCUCACGCACCGGCUGUGAAGACAAGGCGGCGGGCUACCUGGCGCAGGCGCUCCAACAGAACAACACACUAGAGAAGCUGUUCGUGGGCAACAACCGCAUCACGGAUACCGGGGCUAAACUGCUCGCCGACUCGUUGCAGGCCAACACAGGGCUGCACUACAUCGAUCUUGCCGGCUGCCCUAUGGACAAGAGCUGGAAGAAGCUUCUACACAACAUAAUGAAGGGCCAGGGCCCGUCGCACAUGCACUAG